UUCAUUAAUGAAGUGGGAAAUGAAAUUGCUCAAAAAGCGGUUGAUGUGGCUGGAAAUUAUAUCAAAAAAACACCAAGUUUGGGAUUGAGUGUAGAAAUUAUGUCUGUAGAAGGUAAUAGAACAGACAGUAAAGGAUUACUGGAGGCCAUUUGUACACGAUACGGUGAAAGCUUACAAGCAAGUCAACCUCCACAUGUUAUUCUUGAUACAACAAAAACUGGGGUAUCAUCAGAAACAGUCAAAUCAGUUUCUUCUGCUCUUGGCAUACCAACAGUCAGUGCAUCGUUUGGACAAGAAGGUGAUUUGAGACAAUGGCGAAACAUCAAUGACAAGAAAAAGAAUUAUCUUUUACAAGUUAUGCCUCCAAGUGAUGUCCUGACUGAGAUCGUUCGGUCAAUUGUGAGAUACAUGAAUAUUACAAAUGCUGCUAUUCUUUACGACGAAACAUUUGUGGUUGAUCAUAAAUACAAAGCUCUACUUCAGAACAUACCGACACGUCAUGUCAUUACAGCAAUAGCAGUUGAUACUGAAAGAAGUGAACAAAUAACAAAACUUCGAAAUCUUGACAUUAAUAAUUAUUUCAUAUUGGGUACAUUGGAAUCCAUUAAAAAAGUUCUCGAAUCAGCAAAGAAGGAAUAUUUCGAGAGAAAUUUCGCCUGGCAUGCAAUAUCAGAAUCGAAAGGCGACCUUGUAGCGAAUGUGGAAAACGCAACAGUAAUGUUUAUACGUCCAACCCCUGAUGGGCAAAGUAAAGAUCGCCUCGGAAUUAUGAAGACAACAUAUAACUUGAAAGGCGAACCUGAAAUCGAAUCAGCAUUUUAUUUCGACUUGGCUUUGAGGACAUUUUUGGCGAUAAAAGCAUUGCUGCAAAACGGUUUAUGGCCACCCAACAUGAAGUAUCUUACAUGUGACGAAUAUGAUGGCUCAAAUUCACCUGAUCAUUCCAUUGAUUUGAGAUCUUAUUUUUUUGAUGUCAACGAGCAGCCAACUUAUGCGCCAUUUUACUUUCCAAAACCAUCUGAAACGUUCAAUGGCUUUAGUUUCAUGAAAUUUGAUGCUGAUAUAAAUGCAGUGACAAUAAGAGGUGGAGCGUCAGUAAAUACAAAAAAUCUUGGAAUAUGGACAGCUGGCUUGGAUUCACCUCUUAAGAUAAAAGCUGAAGAUGAGAUGAAAAAUUUAUCAGCUAAUACUGUUUAUAGAAUUUACACAGUUGUUCAGGCACCAUUCAUAAUGAGAGAUGAAAAUUCUCCCAAAGGUUUCAAAGGCUAUUGUAUCGAUUUAAUCAAUGAAAUUGCAAAGAUUGUAGAGUUUGAUUACACUAUUACGGAAGUAGAAGAUGGAAAAUUUGGGAAUAUGAACUCUAAGAAAGAAUGGAACGGAGUUGUUAGAAAACUUAUUGAUAAGCAAGCUGAUAUAGGACUCGGGUCUAUGUCUGUUAUGGCUGAACGUGAAACUGUUAUUGAUUUUACUGUACCCUACUACGAUUUGGUUGGAAUUACAAUUAUGAUGGUAUUGCCGAGUCAGCCAAGCUCGUUGUUUAAAUUUCUGACUGUUUUGGAAACCAAUGUGUGGCUUUGUAUUUUAGCUGCUUAUUUUUUCACGAGGUUCGUUCAAGAAAUGAUUUUAAAUGUUCUCACGGGACUCACAAAAGCUUUCUUUUUCUUCAUUAGCUUUUUGAUGUGGAUCUUUGACCGGUACAGUCCCUACAGUUAUCAGAACAACCGCGAGAAAUAUAAAGAUGACGAUGAGAAACGUGAGUUUACAUUGAAAGAAUGUUUAUGGUUUUGCAUGACAUCUUUGACGCCCCAAGGCGGAGGUGAAGCCCCAAAGAAUUUGUCUGGACGUCUUGUAGCAGCAACUUGGUGGCUUUUUGGAUUUAUCAUCAUCGCGAGUUACACAGCAAACCUUGCUGCUUUUUUGACAGUAUCCCGUUUGGAUACACCUGUUGAAUCUUUAGACGAUCUUUCAAAGCAAUAUAAAAUUCUUUAUGCACCCUUAAAUGGAAGUUCUGCUAUGACGUAUUUUCAAAGGAUGUCUGAUAUAGAAACAAGAUUCUAUGAGAUUUGGAAGAAUAUGUCGUUAAAUGAUGAAUUGGAUGCAUAUGAAAGAAGUAAAUUAGCUGUCUGGGAUUAUCCUGUAAGCGAUAAAUAUACAAAGAUGUGGCAAGCUAUGCAGGAGACUGGACUACCAAAUUCAUUAGAUGAAGCUGUCAGAAAAGUCAGAAAUUCAACAGCAGCAUCUGGUUUUGCUUUUCUCGGUGAUGCAACCGAUAUUCGUUAUCAAGUUUUGACAAGUUGCGAUUUGCAAAUGGUAGGUGAAGAGUUUUCAAGAAAACCUUAUGCAGUCGCGGUUCAACAAGGUUCACCAUUAAAAGACCAAUUUAACAAUGCAAUUUUAAAGUUGCUUAACAAACGUCAACUUGAAAAGCUGAAAGAAAAAUGGUGGAGGAAAGAUGAUGUUUCAGCUAAAUGCGAGAAACCAGAAGACCAAUCUGAUGGAAUUUCUAUCCAAAACAUUGGUGGUGUAUUCAUUGUCAUCUUUGUGGGUAUUGGAAUGGCUUGUGUCACUUUAGCAUUUGAGUUUUGGUAUUAUAAGUUCCGUAAAGUACCGAAAGUUUUUGGAAGUGAUGAUGCUUUUAACAACAAAUUUACUAAAAAGAAUGCAAGCAUUAAGGGAAAUAACAGUUUUGGUUCUGGUGGUGGCCUAAUUGACACCGGCUCUAAUAACACUUUGAAGUCACGUUAUCCUCCUGCUGGCAAUUUUCGCGCACGUUUCUAAACAGAAUGAAUAGCAUGAAAGUUAUUUCCAACUUGAAAAACAAUUUAAAUGUCUUUUUUGAAGUGAAUAUGAAAUGAAUUAAUUGCGAGAAAAAUAUGUCAUUAAUUAUUUACCUUAGUUUUGUUGAUGAUGUUUUCAUAACAGUCAUAAAGAAAUAUUACUUUGUUGAUGGUAAUUUGGAAAGAAAGAAAGCUUAAAAUUUUAAUGUUUGUUCACUGUGAUGUUUUAAUGUGUUUUAAAAAUCAUAUUCAAUGUUAUUAGCUCAAUUUUCAUGGCAUUUAUGUUGUGAAGAAAGGAGAACUAAAAGAAAAGUUCGCACAAACUACGAAAUUCACUCUUGUCAAAGUCAAAAAUUUAUAACCUAUGAAGAAAGGAAAUUUAUCGCUGUCUGGAGUCAUAAAAAAUAUCUCAAAAGAGUAACGAAAAGGCUCGCACAAGGAAAACCGAAAUUUCAUUUAAGAAAUGAAAGUUGUGUCAUAAAAGAAAUGGGCGG